AUGAAAAACCCCAAUCACAAAGACACUUCUGGCAAAACUCUUCCACGUAGCUCACAAUCUCACAAUGUCCAAAAUCGUCCUUCUUCCAAUCAAUCCGAACAUUCAACUAUCAUAGGUUCUAUCAACGAAAGUAUCCCUCAACCCGAAGAACCGGAUUAUCCUGUGGACUUGAUAAAAAUCCGUGAUAAAUACAAACACUCUCCUCCCCUCAACAAAGCUCUAGAAUUGGAUCUCUCUGGUAAUACUGAAUCUGAAAUAGGUCAGCAUUCUCUUCCUCCUCGAACUUCUUUCAUACGAGUGAUUGUUGAUUGUUUCUUAGCUCAACUGUGGACCAGAACCACGUAUUCAUCAGUGGUGGAAACUCUGUUGAAAGAAGCCAACAAUCGUUUUGAAGCUGAUCCUGAAGACCCCAGUUCUCAAAAAUGGUUCAAAAAUGCGCUCGAACGUCUAGCUCAAGGAUGGAGACUUCGCGCCAAGUCUAGUGCAGUUGUCAGAUUGGAAGGUCAAUUAUGUACUGAUUGUGAGAGAAGGAUGGAAUCUGGAGGUUCUUUCCGAGUCGGUUGUAUUGGACCUUUGAAUGGAGUUUGUGCUGAAUGUUCUGCUAAAGGUACUUCGAAAUGUUCAGUCAAGAAGAAUGGUCCUGAUGCAAGAUUUCACGAAGGAUUUCUCGAAGGGAAACAAGCAACUAUCUCUCAUAUCGCUUUUAUCUUAGAAAGUCAUUUAGUAUCACUUUCAGGUCGUCAUCAAUCUUUACCAUCAUAUGAGAUUGUCGGUUCAAUCGGACAGAUAUCUGCUAUGAUACAUCUAUUCAAUACACUCGAAUUACCUCUUCCAAAAGCUCAUCUUCCUUUAUAUACCUCACUCCAUCUUAUCCCUGAAUCUUACUCUCCUCCUGUCGGUAUAUCUUCUCUCCUCGAUGUUUCCCCCAUUAAUCACCUCCCUUCUACCCGUCGUGGCUCGUUGGCUACUCCUGGUCAUCAAGUCGCUGGUCCUUCUCGUGUUGCCGAAACACCAAUCCCUUCUCUCCCUUCGUAUAACUCUCGCUCCGUUAUUCCUAAGAAACGUUCCUGCGCCGAAACUCCUCAGUAG